AGAAGAGCGACAUUCAGCAGGCCAAAAUUGUUGCGUAUUGUUUUUUUUUGGUUUUUUCAGUAGGUUUUUGGGUGCAAAUUACAUACGCAUAACUUAUGUCUGAUAAAAGUGCGAAGGAAUCAUGUAUUAGUAAGAGUGCGGGCUGCAGCAGCAGGAGGAAGAGAAGAAAGUGAGCGAAAGAAGAAAGCGAACCGAAGAACAACAUAUUCUUCAAGCACAAGGCGAGCAACGUGCUCUGUUGAACGAUGUCCAAUGGCGAGGAUGUGUUAGACAACUGGGAGGAAAUCGACGAGGCGGGGCUCUCCAUGACUCUGCAAACGAAACUGCAGGCGAGCGAUCCGCCCGUCCACAAGAUGAAGCUGCUCCAGCGGCCACAGAGCCUCCAGGAGUCCUCACAAAUCCUCAACAGCAGCACCAGCGGCGGGGGAGGCAACGGGAGCGGGAAUCCCCUGCCCCGGCAGAUCACCAUUGCACGGAAGCCCCAACCGCCGCCAGCAGCAGCAGCAGAGGUUGAUCCGUCUGCACAGCAGCAGCUGCCCGUGAUGAUGGUGCUGCACAAGCCCUCCAAUGAGUACGACGCGGCCAGCUAUGCCUCGCCCAUCAGCAACCAGACCGUCAAGAUCCUGCGACGGCCCGCCCAGGCGGAGGAGCGCCGGGAUACGAACGGAAUGCGGCCCAAGCAGCCCAUCAAGACGCUCAAGCAGCGCGAACAGGAGUACGCCGAGGCGAGGCUACGCAUCCUGGGCGCGGCCAAGAACCCCGAGGAUGAUAAACCGGCCGCUCCCAGCUCGCCAGCUGUAAACAGUAGCACACCGAGUGCGGCUGCCCCGCCCUCGGCGCCGCCUGCCACUCCCCCUGCUGCCAGCAGCAAUAACAACGUUAUUAACAACAACGGUAGCCAUCCAGCAGCUGGAAUGCAUCGCUCCAGUUCGGCACCAAAGAUGUCCCAGGUGUCGCCGAUGUACAAUAACUACAACAGCUACUUCCAGGGGCCGCACAAUCAGCCGGGCCUGAACUAUUACUAUCCGCAUAAUCCACAACAGCAGCAGCAGCAACAGCAGCCGCAUUACAACCAACGCCUGCCGCCUUACGGAGGCGGAGGAGCGGGCUUGGGAGGCAUGCCGUCUCAGGCGCCGCCUCAAUCGUCGCCCAAUGCCCAGCAGAGCUGGUCACCUGUUGUGGGCGGAUCGGUAUCCGCUGCCCUUCUGCGCCAACAGUCGAUGCAAUCGCCGCAGCAGCAGCAACAGCAGCAGAAUCAGCAGCAGCAGCUCGGCCAGCAUCCACAUCCGUUCAAUGACCUAGUCCUGCGUCUGCCCAAGGGUCCUUGUCCGAAUGGCUCCAUUGGCUUCCAGAUGCGCCGGUAACAGACUGCAGCGAUGGAGAGCGGCUUGUCUAUUUCAAUACCUUCUUACUUUCAUCUUGGUACAUUGAAACCAAAUGCAUGUUUCUAUAUAUAAAUGAAAAAAAAAACAAACAACAACUCACGAGUCAUUCUGAGAUUCUUUGUCGCCAAUCAUUAGGCUCAGGUUCAAUGUGGCGCAUAUUCGUUGCUAUAUCCACUGGCUAGACCCAAGCAUCAACAACUAUGUAAAACAAAUUUUAUGACGGACUAUGGUAGAUAUUUUGUAAAUUUACAACUCACACCACACAAUUUUGUAUAAUGCAUACUAAUAAAACGAAACAGUAAUUUUAAA